CGGAGAAAGCCCUGAGCUCACCAGUCCCAGCUAACAGCUGCUGCAGACAGUGAGUACGCGUGAACCCGUGGAUGUGGUGGGUGUACAGUGGGCUACGCCAGUGCAUCGUACGUCAGCUUUGUGCAAAUUCUACUGAGGUGUGCAGCGGCCUGAAGUUUCUCCAGUAGAGGACACUGCUGUUAUGUGAAUCUCCUUAGCAUAUCAUACACAAUGACUGUAUUGUGGCUAUGGGUGGUAUGCGCUUUGCUGCUGGGCACGUGCAAUGCUGACCUCUCUCCUGCAUUAUCUGCUAGUGACCAACUGCGUUCUGACAUUACCUCUCUUGUUACUGACUUGUGGAAAGAUGUCAGUGAUCCACGAUGGGUGGCUAUGGCUGAUGAAGGACUAGGAGGUGCAGCCAAGGAAUUGUUGAGGGCAUUCCAAGUUUUAGGAGACAAGCUUGAAGGUGUAUCACCUCAUCCCAAAGUGGCCCCAGCUCUCUCCUCGUUAUGGGCCUGGGCACGAGCUGAAUCAGACAUAGUUACAAUCGAGGGACUGUAUCGGACAUUCCGUCAUUAUCAGAAGGGUCUUCCUAGGUCUGAAAUAACUUGGACAGAUAUGGCAACAACAGUACUGCAUGAUCCAACAAGGUCUGUUCCACGGGCUCUCACUAGCCUACACAAUAUAACUGUUGAUACCACAGAUGGUGACCUCUUCCAGCAAGCUCUUGAGGAAAUAAAUUCAAAUACCUGCAGCUUUCAGCAGUCUCCACAAUUAGUCAUCUACAACUUAUACAGCUCUAUAACCCUCACAGAACUAAAGGGUUAUGCUAUGAUGCAAUUUUCAUGGAUGCUGCUACGACUUUAUGGAAAAGGCAACUUCACUCUUGAAGCAGAAAUGAUGCACAGGACAUACAAAGAACGAGCUCUCGUGAAGUUGGAAGCAGCAAGAGCUGCCAUGAAGUUUGCAAGUCGUCAUAUGUGGCAGUGUGACCCACAUGAGCAUGAAGAAGGCAAAACAUAUGAACGACUAACUCGCUUGCUGCAAGGCCACAUCCAAAAUGAAGUUGAUCUGAAUUCUGAAAAUUCUUGUGGAGAGAACUGUGCAUAUUACACAUAUGCUAAGGAUCCUGGAUGUUUUGAUAGCAGAGUGUGCAAUCGUAUGCCACGAUGUGCGGGAAAAUUACAUGACUGCCGCUACAUUGACUCUGACAUGUGGAUUUGUGAGGCAGAGAAAAAUUCUAGUAGGCGUUAUGAAGGAAUUCGUUAUGAAAAUGGGCAGAAACUUGGUCAAUAUCACAGCUGUCAGAAUAAACGUGAAUACAAAGUUGACAGCUGGUGGCGAUGGCUUUUCUGGCACUGUUCUUAUUGUUUCUGUCUGUGUGAUGAACAAGGACCCAAUUCUGAUCGCUUUUUUAACCUACGACCUAUUGUUGCAGACACAAAUAACAACAUGGUAAUUACAGGAAUGCGCUUCACCAAAGUAAAACGUGUCAUUCAUCUGCAAAUAAGAGAAGGGCAGCUUGAACCAUUUGGAGGGAUAAAUGCUUCAUCCAUAAGAUGGCGACCAGUUGAUAAUUACAGCAUAACAGAUCCAAAAGUGGAAAAUGGAAAAGACUAUAAGACACUUAGCUGGGAACAGAGAGCUAUUGACUUAGAUGAUCUUGAAGCACCACCAGGUCAUGUGCUAACAGGUGUCAGGUUCCGUCCAGUUGGAACACAUCUUAAUCUGGAGAUAAUGGUUUCCCCAUUCAACUUCACAUCUGGAAAUCUCAUUAAACCACAAGAACAAGCAAUGUGGAUUGGCAAUGACAAUACAGAUGCAUCAGAUAAGCCAAGGACACAGCUGGAGCUCCCCAAUGCAGAUGUUCCAGUAAAAUCACCUACGGGAUCUGUUCCAGAUUCCCACACGGACCAGUUUCUUUUGUUUGACCACUCAGAUUUAAGCAACGAUGCUGCUCAAACAACAAUACCAUUUCUUGAUGCUCAGCUAACAGAGCCACAACCACCUGCUCUUCUUGCUGGAGCAGGAAUUUAUCAUAAAGGGACAGUUGGUUAUGGUGGAUUUGUAGCACCCAAACUCAUAACUUACGAUUACAGCAAACACAUGAAGAUUCAAUUUCCAGAUUAAUGAAAAGACUGAUACAAAUGACGUGACUGAAGUGAUUCACUCUCCAAAGUGAAUAGUCUCAACAAGACAGUCCUCUGAAAUGUGCAAAAAGUGCUUUGUGCAGAAAGUGUUUAGUGAAAUAUAUUUGUGUAAUCUGACCCUUCAGUUGCUGGCCCCUUAUAGGUUAAGCACUGGUGAAAUGUCAUAUACUGAGACAUUUAGCAAUAAAAGUUACCUGUAAAGAUUUUAAAAUGAGAUUCGUGGAAUCUGUGAGUGAUAGACAUUAAUCAAUGCAAAUGAUUCCAGGUGGGCAUAUACGAACAUUCUUCCUAUCUGAUCUCUUGCAUUAUCUUUUAAUGUCACCAAUUCUGAUUUUUGUAUGUCUUUCAGAGAGUAAAUACAGUUUUCAUAAAAAUUUUAA